UAGUCUAAUAACGCGCGUUAACAAACCGUUAAUUUGCUAAGCGAGUUGGGACUCCGAGGACUGACAGGCGUGGUCUCAGCAUGCCUCCGCGCAGACGAAAAGCUAAUUCCGACGAUAGCACUACAAACGACAGUUCUACAAGCGCCUCCAAGAGAGUAAAACGCGACACAUCAGGAUCGCUUGCUAAAUGGCAAUGGGAGGACGACGGCGGACGCUGGAAGGCUUUUGCAGACGCACACAAUGAGGUUCUAACCGACGCCUUCACGAAUGGACAGACAAGCGCCGUAAUAUCGGUAAACAAGAAAGUGAAUUUUGAUGUGAAUUUGGCGGGAAUGUAUCAGAGAAAUAAAACAACCUCGUGGAGACGUAAUAUACGUUGUGUUGAGGCGGAUGGCACUUGCUCUGAUGAUUGGGAAUGGGAAGACGAGGGCGGAAGUUGGGUUUCUUACUCUGUGGACGUUGCUAGGCGACUGGAAGCGGGAAGGAUUUGUGGUUUGAAGAGUGUGGAGUUUAGUGUUGGUGGGCGGGAGUACAAGUUGGAGAUAGAGGAGAUGAAACAAGUGAAUGUGGAGACGAAGAUGGAGAGGAAUGUGAGGAGAAAUGAUGCGGGAUCGUUUACUGGUUGGGAAUGGGAGAAUGAGAAUGGAGAGUGGACGUCAUAUCUAUCUUCUAUAUGUUGUAAACUGGAGACUUCCUACUCUACGAAUCCAACAAGCGAUGUGAACAUCACGGCUGUGGGACGGUUGUACACAGUCCAUCUAUCAAGCAUGGAGCAAGAAAACGACGAAACUGCAGUUGUGAGAAAAGUGAGAAGAAAGGGUGGAGUUGCUGCUGGUCAAGCUGCUGGUGGGAGUACGAAGAGAACAAAGAGUGCAGCAAAGAAGAAGAAAGUAAAGGAAGAUGAAGAUGAGGAAGAUGAAACAGAAGACGUUGCAGACACAGUAAAGUCAGUUGUAUUUCAAGGACGAGCUCCAGUCGAUUCACUUUGUACAUCAAAGCAGUCAAAGGCUCAUGUCUAUUAUGAUGCUGUUGAUGUGUGGGACACGAUGCUCAAUCAAACGAAUUUGAAGAACAACAACAAUAAGUUUUAUAUUAUACAGCUGCUGGAGGAGAAUAGCAAGAGGAGCUACUCUGUAUGGAUGCGAUGGGGAAGAGUUGGUUUCUCCGGCCAAAACAGCUUGGUGGAAUGUGGUUCAGACAUUGACAGGGCUAAGCAAGUGUUUGAGAAAAAGUUUUUCGAUAAGACAAAGAAUCAGUGGAGUGACAGAGCAUCGUUUGUUAAAUGUCCAGGGAAAUAUGAUUUACUGAAAAUUGAUUACACAACACAGGACGAUGAAGACGAAGACAAAGUCGAUGGCCCCGAGGACACUUCAUCACAAAUCGACACGAAACCAACCAAACCAACAUCUCAUCUUGACAUUCGACUCCAACAAUUGAUUGAACUAAUAUGCAACGUCAAGGCAAUGGAAGAAACGGUUGUUGAAAUGAAAUACGACACGAAGAAGGCCCCACUAGGCAAACUGACAAAGGAUCAGAUCAAGGCAGGAUAUGCGGCUUUAAAAAGGAUUGAAUCUUGUAUUAGAACUAACGAUUAUGGUGAUGGCUUGGUGCGUGCGUGCGACGACUUUUAUACGAGAAUACCACACGCAUUUGGGAUGACGAGGCCACCAACUAUUAGAACAACAGAACAAGUGAAGGCUAAGAUGAGUUUGUUGGAGGCUCUUGGUGAUAUUGAGAUAGCCAUGCGUGUGAUGAGUGAAAAGGGCCAUGCAGAUGAGCAUCCAAUUGACAGACAGUAUACUUCACUAAAAUGUCAGAUGACUCCUCUAGACAAAGAAGUGGCUGAGUACAAGAUUGUUGAGCGUUACGUUAAAACAACACACGCCAAGACUCACAAUCAAUACACUCUGGAUGUCCUUGACGUUUUCUCUAUCCACAAGAAGUCGAUGUUCACCGACAUAGGCAACAGGCAGCUCUUAUGGCAUGGCUCUAGGCUGACCAAUUGGGUUGGCAUUCUGAGUGAAGGUCUCAAGAUUGCACCCCCAGAAGCACCAGUCACAGGCUACAUGUUUGGAAAAGGUGUCUAUUUUGCUGAUAUCUGUUCGAAGAGUGCGAACUAUUGUUUUGCUACUCGCUCGAAAAACGUCGGUCUUCUUCUACUUUGUGAUGUAUCGUUGGGGACAACGAAUGAUUUGUUAGCUGCAGAUUACGAUGCAGAUCAGCUGCCGCGUGGAAAGCAGAGUGUUAUGGGGAAAGGAAGGAUUGCACCUGAUCCAGGGAAUAUACACACAAUGUCUGAUGGUUGUGUCGUUCCUCUCGGUCCAACUUGUGAUACCAAAGUACAUAACCCACAUGGUUACACACUGAACUACAACGAGUACGUCAUAUAUGAUGUGAAGCAGAUCAAGAUGCGUUAUCUGGUGAAGCUGAGAUUCAAUUUCCAAUAGAUAUCAGCAGUUCAAUACAAAACAACUAAACUUUUGUCUUUACUGUAUCUUCUAUAUACACUAUUUGUACAAUAACUUCCAUUAUAAUGAGUGUUCAUCUUGUAAGAA